AUGUCUUAUUAUCAGAUAGAUAUCAAUCCUUCCAGUAUCAAUCCUGGAUAUUCAGAAUACAACGAGGAAGAACUUGCAGAGAUAGCGCGUGCAAUCGAAUUAAGUAAGCGAGAACAAGAAGAUUCAGAUUAUAUUCGCAGAUUUGUAUCUGAUAGAAACAAUUUGGUUCCAAUAUUGAGUCAAUUACCAGGAGUCAAGCCAGAUGAUCCGAGAUUUGAAAAGUUUUACACUCAACAAUGA